AAACCCUCCAGGAAGGAUGAGCACUGAGAGUAAAGAGAACAUCCAAUUGGAGAUGACCUUCGUAGGCAAGUUUGCGUAAAAGCAAUCCCACUUCCUAUUAUAGCUGAUUUUCAUCAUAAAACUGCCCUGACAGUGGCAGUUUUUGAGAUUAUAAGUGAGCAGCUUGAAUCAUAUUAUGGCACAAGAAUUAGCCUCUGGUAAUCUUCAUCUCAAUGUUGACGAUUUCUACUUCUCAGCACUAUUUGAUCAGAGUGAUCUUGAAGACGAAAAUGACCCAGUCUCAGAUUCCAGAUAUGCAGAAGAGUUGCAGUUCCAGGAGGCUCUAAUGUCUUCUUCGAUCGCUUCCCAAACGACACUCAAUGUUGGGUCGUCUUCCUCCUCUGCCACCGCCGCCGCCGCCUCCUCCUCCUCCUCAUCAUCAACAACAAUAAUCCAAGCUUCCCAAGCAACCCAAUCCACCCCAAUUCAUGAAACCCUAAACCCAAUUCAGCCACAUAUCUUCUGUGGGAUUUGUGUUGAAAUGAAGGAGGCUGCCCAGAUGUUCAGAACUGAGAGCUGUGGUCACUCCUUUUGCUCUGACUGCAUAGCCAAACAUGCUGCCUCAAAAAUCCAAGACAACAUUCACAUUGUUGUUUGCCCUGGCUUGGGCUGCAAGGCUGUGAUUGAGCUUGAUGCUUGCAGGCCAAUGCUUCCCAGAGAGGUUCUUGAGAGGUGGAAUGAUGCCCUCUGUGAGGCUUUGGUUCUUGGGGCACAAAGACUUUACUGCCCUUUUAAUGAUUGCUCAAUGGUUUUGAUGAUUGAUAAUGAAGGUGAAGGCAUAAGAGAGUCAGAGUGCCCUGCUUGUCAUAGAUUGUUCUGUGCAAGAUGCCAAGUGCCAUGGCACCCGGGGAUUGAUUGUGAGGAGUUUCAGAUGCUUAAUGAGGAUGAGAGAGGGAGGGCAGAUCUUAUGGUGAAGGAGCUUGCAAAGCUGGAGAAAUGGAGGAGGUGCCCUAAGUGCAAAUUUUAUGUGGAGAAGACUCAAGGUUGUUUGCACAUUUCUUGCAGGUGCCAAUUCCAGUUCUGCUAUGGAUGUGGAGGAGAAUGGAAUUCUGUUCAUGAUGGUAGUUGCGUGAGAGAUUAAAUGAUAAGGAGGCACUGAGAGGCUUCACCAUUGUUACCUGUUAUGGUACCUUGUGCUACUUAUAACAAGGCUUAAACUUUAUUUACAGAAUCAUUAAAAAGUCCAUGUAUGUAUGCUUUUGCUAGUAGAUUUGCUUUUAUUUUUCAUCAGCAAGUUGAUUGUAUCAUAGGGAGAAGCUUAGGAUGCUUGCCUCCCAUCCUUAAAUUUGAGUGUUCUUAGGAACAUUGCUUUGAAAUCCCCAAUCAAAUGUAUUUGAGGUUUCU